AUGAAUUGCAGAACUGGUCUAGUGAUCAACAGACCUAAGAAAGCAGGGGCCAUGAUUACGAAAAGUCUCAAGUCCAAAUCAGUGGACAAAAAGUAUGUUGAAUUUGAGUUUCAAAAGGAGAUAGAUAGAACAACUCUUUCAAACAAUAUAGUACGUUAUAACUACUUUGUCAAGAACGGAUGUGAGCCUGUUAAGGAAGAUUACUAUGUUGACGACCGAAAGGAAAAUGAACGACGGAUGCGAUCAUUACCUCCAACUGCAAAACAGGCCGUGUGGCACCAAUUUGAUGGUGUAGCCACAAAGGACCCAACAUUAUCAUUUGCUAAUUUAUUUACAUUCAAAAAGAAGAAAUCUCUAUCUGCAAAAUUGCGUAAACACGCAUACAUGUUUGCAAUGGAGUUUUGCCCAUCUUGGUUGAAACAGAUAGAUUCUGAUAUCCCUUUCACCGAGUCGUUUGAGGAAUCAUCAAAUAAAAUGAUUUCUCUCAUCCAUGGGCUGAAUGCGGUUUAUUGCAAAGACAACAGUGUCUGGAAAGACAGGGAAUCUUUAGUAGCAGAUAUAUGUUGCAAGCUGCUUGAACCUGCUAUGGAGAGCCUGGGGAAAACGAAACAAAAUGACGAUGGCCAGAGUAAUAAUCAAUUGAUAGCCCUUGCAAUACUAGACGCGUGCAUCAACUUAGAUGCCACUUUGAGUAGUGACGAGAGAAAAUUGAUAUGCCAAUGCCUUCUUCCUGAUCCGAAUGACCGAAAUGCAUUGGAAGACAUAUUUGAUCUCUUUCAAGAACGACCAAUGGGUGAAGUAUUUUCGAAAAUGAAGCCAUAUUUCAAAAUGGACUACUAUCUGCCACGAAGCUUUGUUGCCUGUUUGACACCCCUAGAGCUGCAACAUGUUGUUGGCGAAGAUUGGCUGUCACUGGAAGCCUGCUGUGCCUCCCUUUAUUUCUGGACUUGCAAAACAAAAACCUCAGACUUUAGUCAGUCAGUCACCGAAAAUGAGCUGGCGCUAUACAACGCUUUGGACAGAGUGCGAAGCCGGCUUUCCUCAGAAUUGAAAGAUGUUUCGUCCUCCUCAUGGGAAAUGACCUACAAAAUAGCUAUAGAUGGCGUGAACUAUGCGUGUCAAUUGAACAGUUUAGAAAGCCUUGUGAACUGGGUGCACAUAUUCCUGACUUCAGCCGGGGGAUGCUCACUGACGUACACAGAAAAAAACAAAAACAAAUUAAACAACGCAGAUGUGAAUGAUGUUCAAAGCCAGAAUGUCGAUGCCUUUAUAUGUCAGACUAAUUUGCAUGGAGACCUGGAUAAAGUUUGGAACAAAGCAAUCGAAACCGAGGUUGUCACAGAGGUCAAAAAGGUUCACGGUUACGAAAAGUCUUUGCUGGAAAUAUUUUGCAGCGAAAUUGAGACUUACAGUCACCAACUUCAAACAACUUUGACAGAAAUUACAUGUCAGGCCGCUCUGAUAGGACGAUUAACAGAUGUCAAAGAGUUCCAGACGAAGCAAGCAAAUCAAGUCCAACAAACCUUGUCAGACCAUUUUGAACGCGAGUGGAGUAAAAGCAUUGAGAAUGACGAAAACUCUGACAGACAAACGAAGAUAUUGCAGCAUGUGCUCGAAUGGCCUGCCAUGAAAUUGUUCUACAAAAGUCUUGGAGCUGGCGCCCUUUUGAUCGGCGAGGACAAUAAAAACCACUUAUCCGAGUCAGUUUCAACAGUGAAGGAAAUGUGGGAAAACUUGAAGAACGGACACGUACGUAUAAGGACGCUGAGAAAAACUGUUAAGGACAUAUACAAAAUGCUUCAACAGUACAGUGAAGAGCUUUUCUUGGAUGAUGUGUGUAGGCCGUCUACAGAAGAGAGCGAAAGGGUUUUGGACCCAAACGUUACAUACUUCGCAUCAGAUCAGCGAUUGCUAGAUGUUUUACCCCAGAUGGCAAAACAUUCUGAAAGAGAACUAUUUGAAUCAUUGUGGUAUUCCAAAUGUGAUGAAGUGUGUGCCAGCAUAAAAUCUACCAAUGAUAUUUUGGAUUGCAUAUGGAGACCUGUUUACGAUAGAUACUUUCAACUGAAAUCUGCAAUCGAAUCAGGGGAGGUCGAAUUUGCAGAUUUUGAGGAAUACAUCAGGCCACUGAAAAACAAUAAAGAGUUGAUAAGGAAAGAACUUUUAAUGUGUAACAUUCCAAAGCAGAUAGUUGACAAGAGAAUUCAGGAACUUGAUGAAAAAACUCAGAUGGAUACAUGCAGCAGUGCUGCACGAAUCAUCAUUAAAAUCAGUCAACAUGACCAUCUUAAAGGAGAUUUCAAACCAUUGGAAGACCUUAUUGGGAAUUACUCAAAGUUGCAAAUGAAAAAUUGGCGAAAACCAGACAAGCUAAAGUUUCUUGAGUCAUUUGAUGAUACUAAAACAGAAUGCUUGCAGACAUUUAUUGAAUGCAACACAGCUGUGCAAUGGAUUCGCUCAACUAUGGGAGAAGGUGGAAAAGACUUAAAUGUCUUUGUCGAUCUAGCAAUGAUGUCGGCCGGUGAGGAGCCAAUAAACAUAACAAAGGUUCAAUGUUUGCAUUCUUCUGCCACUGGGUAUGCUCCAUUGUUGUUUCAAUUGCAAGACAAUUUUGGCUACACGGAACUUUUAGAAAAGUGUGAAGAUGUUUGGAAGAACAUUGCUAAGAAUCCAAAGAUGCCGAAGCAAUUGCGGGAUACAUCCCGCCAACAACACUGGCUUGAAGAGAUUCACAAAACUCAUGGAGCUGUAGAAACGACGUCGCUUAUGCAAGCCGAAGCUAUUAACAAGUAUGGCACAUACUUUUUGGAAGGCGGCGCACUACAUGGACUUUUUCAUCAGAUUACAGUCGAAAGCGUCCUUAAUCUGAGAGUCGUGGACAAAGAUGUGAAGGAAGGGAGCAGAGUAAAGGACUAUUCGUAUUCUGAUGUUAAAGACCUCCAAAGCAGACUUAUGCUCGUAAUGGGGAAAACGGAAGCAGGAAACAUUGAUGUUGACAAAUUUGUAGACGGACGUCAAAACGACGAAGACAAUUUGGACAAAAUGGUACCUGCAGUGGCGGAGUUUAUGGAGAAUUGCCUUGAGCAAUGGCAUAAAUACAUCAAAGAAACCCGAAAGAAGUAUUUUCAUUUGAACUUUUUCACAAUUGACCAGUUGGUGAUUCUUCAAAAAGAGCUGAUACAAAUUUCGUCAACGGAUAAGCCGAUGUCAGCAAUAUAUCAUUUGCUUUCCACUGUUAAGUCAAACAGUUGUCUAGCUGAUAUUGUGAAAGCCAUGGAUCUAGCAAAGCAAGAUAUACAAACAAUGGAAAAAGUGAAAGAGCGUAACCUAGGGAAGACAGGUGAAACAACAGAAGAAGAUGAAUUAGAUUUGCAAAGAAGAGAGGAAUUUGUAAAGAAUCUUGUGGAUAAGGCUGGAUUAAGUGAAGACAUUGUGAGGCGAUAUGUAGACGAACAGAAAGAUAUAACUGCAUGUUCACUUGAUGACGGGAUCUACUGGUGCAUGGAGAACCAGAACGAGGAAGCGGAGAUAACACCAGCUGCUGAAGAGAUAACAUUUUCAAAAUGGUGCUCAGAAGGACAAACGUUGUCAUCCAUUUGGAAUGAAAAGAUAAAAGACUAUGAUUCUUCUAGUAAAUCUGGUGUACGUGCUUUGAUUGAAGGAUUACAGGACCUAUGGGGAUCUUUCCUUACCUCGAUAACUGAUUCAACAGGGACCAGCGAUUACCUUAACCUUGAGCACCUAGGGAUCAUCCUGAAACAUUUAGAUGCACGAAACGAACUCAAUGUAAAGAGGGAGCUGCCUUCAAACAGUAUUGACAACGAACCUAAUGUGAUCCUCUGUAAAUCUGAUGAAACCAUAACUACAGCGUUGUCGAUGUACAUGCAGAGUAAAGAACAACCACUGCCAUCUUCUGACGAAGUAUUGCUAUGUACACCCAAGACACACAGUGAAGAGGUUGAAAUCUUCAUAAGAAGAUCGAUGUUUGGGGAAAGGGGGAAAUUGCACUGUCUUGUAAACGCAGACCUACUCGAUUUUGAUGUUAGUGAAGCUGCUGGUCACUUCAUUGAGGAAUGCAUCCAAGAAAAGUAUUAUCAAAAAGAGAACAAGUACAAGCUGUUUAUAAUCUGCUGUCGCGAAAACGAAAAUAGGUCCCCUUUAGUGUCUUCUCUGCAAAAAUACAUGCGACCUGCCAUACCUUUUGAGACAGAGGAACUGUCACAGUAUCUAUUGUCAAAAUUCACGGCUAAAAACGGAUCGGAUCAGACGCUGGCUUCAGAUGUGGAUUUGGAAAAGUCAAAUACCAGAGUUGUUUUGUCAGAAAGGGCAGGUGUUGGGAAGAGUUUGUUUGCGAAAAGAGUUGAAGAAGCAUUGUAUUCGCACAUUGAAAAGCAAGGUCUUAUUGUGUUUGAGAGAGUUACAGUACCGCUUCAGGAAAGGUCUGUGCAGGUGGAAUAUGUAACUCAGAGUCUACUUAAACAUGCAACCGAACCAGAGGUUAAAACAGCCCGAUUGUUUCAUAUCGAUAUAUCACACGAGGUACAAGAAGGAAUCGACUAUCUACUGUUCAAUCUUCUUGUCCUCAACUCAUUGAAGGAUGAGUCGGGACUGGACGAUGAUUUACCAAAGGCUGAUAUGAUGUUUCGCAUUUUGCCUCAAGUUACAUGCUCAUCCCCACAAGAGUGUCUCAUCAAGAAUGAAAUAGAUGGGAAAAACGUUCAACGUUUUGAUGAACAAGAAUUCAACAGUGACGUGUUCCAAAGGCCAUAUCACUAUCUCAAACGAUUAGAUAGUAAAUUGAACUUCAAGAAGUUUGAACCCUCAACCCCAAAAGGAAACCAGGCUGAAUGUCUUGAGAUUAUUUUAAGACAUUGUGGAAUUCCAAACCCAUCUUGGGCAGAACUUCAUCACUUUGUAUGGUUCCUUAACACACAACUAAUUGGGUUUGAGAAUAAUAUAUUUGUCGGUGAAGCUGCGGCCAAAGAUCUACCUGGAUUCGGACAAUUUGUGUUAAGGUUUCUCAUCCAGAUGUCAAAGGACUUCUCGAAUCGUUCAUUGAAUAUUGGUGACGAAUCAUACGCUGAUGACCAAGGAACCGAUUUAGAAAAGUAUGAGUUCAGAAGAAAGUGGGAAAGCAGUCCACAUCCAUAUCUGUUUUUCAACAGUGAUGGGGUUUCAUUCACUUUUCUUGGAUUCAAUGUUGAUCCAGCUAGCGGAAAUCUCAUUGAUCAACAAAGUGAGCUUGUCUUGGAGGAACACAUAAUGGAUAAGAACUUAUAUCAUGCUCUCAUUCGAAAUCAAGUAAAUCUCCGUGAAAAUUUUGAUACACUACCAAGGAGUCAACGAAUUGAAAAACUCGCAAACGUUAUGGGUGGUUUUAGGACAAAAGAUCCAGAUCCGACCUAUGAGCUUACCACAGACAACACGAAGAAAAUACUUGCAAUCUUCAUGCGUUUCAAGUGUGACAUUCCUGUCAUUGUUAUGGGAGAAACUGGUUGCGGAAAAACCCGGUUAAUCAAGUUCAUGUGUUCGUUGCAAGUUCCGGAAGAUCGACAGCUGCAGAAUACAGUUGUCAUGAAGGUUCAUGGAGGUACAACAUACGCUGAUAUUGAAAGGAAAGUAAACGAAGCAGACAAUCUAGCUAGAGAAAAUUCGAAACACGGACUGAAUAUCUACACUGUGCUGUUUUUCGACGAGGCAAACACAACCGAGGCGAUAGGUCUUUUAAAGGAGAUUAUGUUUGAUAGAACUUUACGUGGACACAGGCUUAAUCUUUGUCCGAAUUUGAAAAUGGUAGCUGCGUGCAAUCCAUAUCGAAGGCAUUCACAGAAGCUUGUUGAAAAACUAGAACAAGCUGGCCUUGGAUACCAUGUAAACGCCGAGGAAACAAGAGACACAUUCGGACAAAUUCCUUUGAGAAGGCUUGUUUACAGAGUACACCCGUUACCCCAGAGUCUUAGGCCGUUAGUCUGGGAUUUUGGGCAGUUGACGAAAGACGUUGAGGAAUUGUACAUUCAUCAAAUGGUCAAGCGUUAUGUAAGUGAAGAAAAGCUGCCUACAACGUUCAACCUGACCCCAGUUUUAAGUAAAAUUUUGACGGAAUCCCAGACGUUCAUGCGCAAACAGGAGGAUGAAUGCAGCUUCGUGUCGUUGAGAGACGUGGAGAGGACAUUGUUUGUCAUGUCAUGGUUCUUCUCAAAAGGAAGCGAAUUUUUGUAUCAAAUAAUGAACAUGCGAAACAAAGUUAAUGAUACACCAACAAAAGACACUGAAAAUGAGGCAGGAUCAGGAAACCUUACAGACCUUACCAGGUCUUUGAUACUUGCACUUGGUGUUUGCUAUCAUGCUUGCUUGAAAUCCAGGAAAAUGUACCGACAGGCCAUCGAAAAGCAUUUUAAAGCACCAUUUUGUUUAAGAGAAAAUGAUGGCGCUGAUCAAAUACUGGAAGAAAUUGAAAACUGUCAACAUGCAAUUUUGGACAACGUGAAUCUGACAAAAAAUAUUGCGCGCAAUGCUGCGUUGAAGGAAAACGUCUUUAUGAUGGUUAUUUGCAUUGAACUGAGAGUUCCACUCUUCCUUGUCGGAAAGCCCGGAAGUUCAAAAUCUCUUGCAAAAACAAUCGUAUCUGACGCAAUGCAAGGGAAUAGUUCGUAUAGCAAUCUUUUCAAGAGUCUCAAACAGACGCAGAUGGUUUCCUUCCAAUGCAGUCCUCUAGCGACUCCAGAUGGAAUAGUGGCAACAUUCCGACAAUGUGCACAUUUCCAAAAAGACCGGAACUUGUCCACGUUUGUGUCCACGGUGGUUCUUGACGAGGUUGGACUAGCUGAGGAUAGUCCGCGUAUGCCUCUAAAGACUUUGCACCCACUCCUUGAGGAUGGCUGCCAAGGUGAUGAAACCCCCGAAGAAUACAUGAAGGUUUCUUUUGUUGGUCUCUCAAAUUGGGCGUUGGAUCCAGCCAAAAUGAAUCGUGGAAUAUUUGUUCAACGUGAUGUCCCAGACGAACGGGAAUUAAUUGAGACAGCGAGAGGGAUAUGCGCGUCGUCCAAUGAAAAGGAACUUCAACGAAUAAUCGAGCCUUUGAUAAAACCGCUUGCCGAGUCAUACCUUGAAGUGUUUAAUGAUGCAACCAAUGAACUUCGGGAAUUCUUUGGACUGCGGGACUUCUAUAGCUUGAUUAAGAUGGUAUUUGCCUUCAUCGAGCGGUCACGAAGUCAGCCAACGUGGCUUGAAUUAGAGCACUGCAUCAAACGAAAUUUUGACGGACUACAACAGGUGGAUCCAGUCAAACGUUUUAGAGAACUUUUAAGACCACAUAUACAGAUAAGUGAAACGCCCAAGGAAUCAGAUCCAGACUGCAGCCAUUCCGGACUCAUAAAUGCUUGCAUUUUUGACCGGUUCGAUACUUAUGGAGAAAAUCGAUACCCGCUUUUGUUGGCUGACAAUUUUGGCGCCGUUUCCCUGAUGCAGAAACAGAUCUUAAGUAUCGAAAAAGGAGUGCGGCCAUUCUAUAUAUUUGGAAGCAGUUUUAGGGGCGACCAGGAAUACACACAGAUCUGCAGAAACAUUAACAAGAUAAAGGUGUGCAUGGAAACUGGAAACACGGUAGUGUUGCUGAAUCUGGAGAAUCUGUAUGUCAGUCUCUACGACACCUUAAAUCAGUACUAUGUGUACUUUGGUGGCCAGCGAUUUGUUGACCUUGGACUCGGAACUCAUCGGGUGAAAUGUCAGGUUCAUCCGCUUUUCAGGCUGAUUGUAGUAGCUGAAAAAAAUAUGGUCUACACACGGUUUCCAAUUCCACUCAUCAAUCGGCUGGAAAAACACUUUCUUACAAGUGACUGCUUGCUUAAUUCUAAACAAAAACAGUUAGCUAACGUGCUAAAGGAAUGGGCAAAACAUUACGUGAAAGUCUUUUCCACAGCAAGGUCAGGAAGCAGCGGAUGUUCAAACAUUGAAGAUGGAUUUAUUGGCUAUAAUGAAGAUUCAUGUUCAGGAAUCAUUUUGAACAUAUCUGUUGAGAAUCAAGAUGCAACAGAUGAGGAAAUCAUUGAGAAAUCCAGACUACUUCUUCUAUCCUCUGCAACACCUGAAUGCGUUAUCCGUAAAGAAAACGAAGAAAAACAACUUGCUGAACAUUAUUUUGACAGUCAGAAGCACGACAGUCUGGUUGGAUUUCUUGUUGCCAAACUUCAAACAAACAAAGCUAUUCUAGCUCAGGUAACCACACAUUCGAAACUUUUGUCCGGGAUACAUCACAAAGAGGCGAUAAGAGAUGCAACAAGGAUAGGGCUUGAAAACAUUUUGUUCAUCGAAGCAUUGUCCUCGCUGGAAACGGAACAGCAAUUCACGAACAGAAUUCAACAACACUUGUUAAAACAAGUCAAACAACCAAGCUUGAUCUUGAUCCAAUGUGCGGCCGGUGACGAAAACGCCAAUCUUAUUGACUGCGCAAGAUUUGGCGUCCUUGGUGAAAUGGACAAAAUGUACGAAAAAAUGAAAAACAAAGGCACUGCCCAUUGUGUUAUCAUCGUUCAGCUUCCAAGAAAAGCCGGUGGCUGCUUCAAAGGUUUUCAGUCUGGCACGUGGGAGUCUGUUCACAUAGAUAACUUGCAUUCCGAAGAUAUAGAAAUGCCUCAACUUCAUGAAAUGCGUGGAAAAUCCGUCAGCAUGAUCUUCAAGGCAUCACUACUACCAGGAUAUUUCCCAAUCGAAGACAGAGCGAUUGGAAAAAUGCAUGAAAGCAUAGUCGAGGAGCUGACCAGGAAAAAGACGAAAGUGAAAACAGGUCAAGCGAUGGUUUGGAAGUUGAAGACAGAUUAA